GGAUCACGCAAGCAGAGCAUGUACUGUAGAGUAUGUAGAGUAGAGUAGAACAGUGUACUGUACAUAGCAAGCAAGCAAGCAAAUGCAAAUAACUAGCGAUGGCAAGCAAGCAUCGUCGCCGUCGUCGUCGUCGUCAUGAGGGUGAUCUCAUCAUUAUCAUCAUCAUCGUAGGUAAUCAACCUCAGCACCACCACAUCAUGGUCAUCAUCACCUCAUCAUCGCCCUCACUGCCUUUCACAAGCAAGGCACAGGCACGGGCCACGCUUCCUCCUGUACCCACUCUACCUACUCUACUCGCAGCCCACCCUCUUAUUAAUUAUCCCACCAGCGAUCUAGAAUCUGGAUUCCGACCAUGUUUCUUUCCGCCGUGUGGGUCGGGUCAGGUUCCAUGGUUUUGGAGAACCGGAGGGAGUUUCGGAGGCUGUGGAGAGCCUGGAGUGCCUGGAGAGGAUUUCGGAGAGGACAAGGCGGGCGGGGUUUUCGGGGUAUGGGGUGGGUACUUGGGUAUUUGGGUACUUGGACUUGGGUACUUGGACUUGGGUAAUAGGGUACAUGCCGGGGAACUUGGAGUGCUUGGAGCGCAUGCCGAGGAUCUUGGAGUGCUUGGAGAGCUUGGCUUGGAAUGCUUGGAGUGGGGACGUGUGUGGUCACUGGUGGUGGGAAGCGUGGAUGGUGCGUGGAUGGUGUGGCUUGUAGCUUGGAAGUUGGGGGACAAGGAAAGCGUUUGUUUGCGUCUCGUGUCGACUGUGCACAGGUUUCUCUCCUCCGCGGUUUCUAUUGGAUGGCACAAAGACGAGUGACGAAGCAGGCUGACACCUGAGAUCGAUGAGAUCGAUAGCCGAUAUCUAUGUAAAUAUGACGCCAUUCGCAUACCAAGGUACCGUACGUAGCGGUUUCUGCAGAAGCCGGACGAACAAGAUAGUCGAACACGCGCAGCCUGCACGCAGCGGAUAUAAAACAAACUCUCGACGCUACCACGUCGGAAGCGCCACAGUCAUCAUAUCGCC